AUACCUGCCUCCUACUUACUAUAAUUAAUUAAAACGUAAUUAACACAUCUGGAAUGAUAUCCUCCUAAAAUUCUCACCAAACACCUUCCCAAUUUGAAGACAAGCAGCACUCAACUGGAUCAAUUUAAUCACAUCCGAGCCCAAUCACACCGUAUUUCUCGACAUGGACAAGAUCAGCAACCUCGCUGGCUCCGGAAUCGCCGGUGGCAACAAAUCCGGCAGCGCCGGGGCCUCCAACAACGCCGCCGCCGGCCAGCACAACGACAUCGGCGACAGGGUGUUUGACGCCGCCGCUAAGAAAUCGGGUCUCAACGUCAGCUCUGGCACUGCCGAGAAGAUCACCGACAGUGCCCGCGGCGUGUUUGAGAAGGCCACCGGGUAGUUCCCCCCUCCCUUUUUCUUUCUUUCUUUUUUUUUGUGCGUUCUCCCGGUUCCGAGGCUCUAUACCCAAGAGUCUUUGAAUACUAUCUAUACCAAGAGAUGGCUGACAGAAUGGUUUGUAACAAUAGCAAGAAGGUCGACCCGAAGUACUCCAGUUAAGCAGUGCGCAAUGGAUGAACCUGUACGACAUGGGUGGAUGUCGUUUUGGGAUUCAUGGCUGGGAUCAACGCGGUGAUUUGGCCACGACACACCCGUGUUAUAUACAUCGAUGCUCAAUAAGAACAGUAAAAUGCGAGACAUUGAACAUAGCA